CCAAUCUGAGCAGAACGAUACAGCAGUGACGCUUUGCAUUAUUACAAUGGACAUCCUUGAAGAGGAAGACUAUUAUUACCAUGACAACAUCAGUCUAAACUACAGCUAUGAGGACUAUUCUUCCUUGUGUGUAAAGAGUGACAUCCGCACUUUCGCAGGUGUGUUUCUGCCCAUCAUAUACACAGUAUGUCUGGUGAUUGGCGUGGCAGGUAACACCUUAGUGGUGGCUGUGUACGCCUACUACAAACACCUAAAAACCAUGACCGAUGUUUUCCUGAUCCACCUGGCCGUGGCCGACCUUCUCCUGCUUUUCACACUGCCGUUCUGGGCUUCUGAUGCUGCAAGGGGCUGGGAGCUGGGCAAAGGCCUCUGCAAAGUUGUAUCUGCCUGCUACACGGUCAACUUCACCUGCUGCAUGCUGCUGCUGGCCUGUAUCGGCUUGGAUCGUUAUGCGGCGGCAUCCAGAAUGCAGGACGGAGAUGAUGCAUGGCAACUACAGAGGGUUUUCACCAGACAACACUGUGGGAAGAUAUGUUUGGUUGUGUGGGUAACAGCCUUCAUCCUGGGCCUUCCUGAUUUGAUACUCUCUGAAGUAAGAUUGACAUCCAACAGGAGCAUCUGUCUGGUCAUCUACCCUCCAUCUAUGGCACGGGAAGGCAAAGCGUCCUUGGAGAUAGCGGAGGUUCUGCUGGGAUUUCUGUUUCCUCUCCAGGUUAUGGUAAUCUCUUACUGGAGCAUGGGGAAAGCACUAAAAGGUCUUCCAGUCGAGAGCAGGGAGAGAAAGUGGAAUGCUCUGCGGGUCCUACUGAUAGUUGUAGGGGUGUUUGUAAUCACUCAGCUGCCAUAUAACAUACUGAAGGUCUACCGGGCUAUGGACUCUGUUUACUCUUUAGUGACCCACUGUGGAACGAGUAAAGUUCUGGACCAGGCAGCUCAGGUAACUGAAAGCCUGGCUCUCACUCACUGCUGCCUCAACCCAAUCCUUUACGCCUUUGCAGGGUCUUCAUUCCGUCAGCACAUCAUGAAAAUUGCCAAAAGGUUUGGUGAGAGGAGGAGGAGAAGAAGAACUGAAACUCGUCCAGAAGAUGAAGGCAUGGACAUGUCAUUUAACUCAAACAGCACAUCCCAAGACACCAACACAUUCUCAAUAUGAGUUAUUAAGAACACCCAAGUAAUUUCAUACAAUACACUGUAAAUAAUAUUAUAUAACCGUUGAGUGGAUCUUUGUCAUUUGAUUGGUGCUUUGUAUGUCACAUGACAUGGAUUAUUCAUCCCAUUUGUGUUGCAUUGCAUUUAGAGUGCAGUUUGG